UUGUGGAAAAUGCCACCAGAUGGCGGCUUAGGAUUGCUGCUCUUCUGAAAGGCGCGGUUCUCGCUCGCGGAUCCAGUUUUCAUUAAAAAAUCUCAACGGCGUAAAAUACAUUUUUAGCCAUUUUGUUUCGAAAAGCGAUGAGCGGAAUGGCGACGGUCGGAGGAGUGUGUGUGAUGUGAGGACAUUGCAGGUGGUCUGUGCUGCAUUAGAAGACGUGUUCUUCCUGGUCUUCUCAGCAGUAGUUUCACUGAAGCUGAAAGCUGCACUUCCCAGAACUUCUCUUAAGAGCCAGCGAGCCUCCUGUGUACACCUGUCCUCCUGGGGGCCUAGAAGGCUGCCCGGCUGAGACGCCCAGCAAUGAUAACGUCAGAGCUGCCAGUAUUGCAGGACUCCACCAAUGAGUCGGGCCAGGCUGAUGGCGUCAGCCUCGGGUCUGGCGAGCUGGAAGACACUGGGGAGAUCAAAGGCAAGAGGAAGAGGGGGAGACCCGGCCGACCACCGACAGCCAAUAAGAAGCCUCGGAAGGCACCGCUGGAGAAGGCAGGGGCUCCUCGAGGACGGAAGGCCAAUGGCGUGGCGCAGCAGAAUGGGGAGGGUGAUGCAGUCACCCUGUUUGAGGUGGUGAGGCUGGGCAAGAGUGCCAUGCAGUCUGUGGUUGACGACUGGAUUGAGUCCUACAAGCAUGACCGAGACAUGGCGCUACUGGACCUUAUUAACUUCUUCAUUCAGUGCUCUGGUUGUAAAGGCACUGUAAGAAUUGAGAUGUUUCGCAACAUGCAAAAUGCUGAGAUCAUCCGCAAAAUGACAGAGGAGUUUGAUGAGGACAGCGGUGACUACCCUCUCACCAUGCCUGGCCCCCAGUGGAAGAAAUUCCGUUACAAUUUCUGCGAGUUCAUCGGCGUGCUGAUUCGACAGUGCCAGUACAGUAUUAUCUACGACGAAUACAUGAUGGACACGGUCAUCUCGCUGCUGACAGGCCUGUCGGACUCUCAGGUUCGGGCCUUCCGUCACACCAGCACCCUGGCAGCCAUGAAACUGAUGACUGCGCUUGUGAACGUGGCACUGAACCUGAGCAUUCACCAGGACAACACGCAGAGGCAGUAUGAGGCUGAACGCAAUAAGAUUGUUGGCAAGAGGGCUAACGAGAAGCUGGAGCUGCUGCUGCAGAAGAGAAAGGAGCUCCAAGAGAAUCAGGAUGAAAUUGAAAACAUGAUGAACUCCAUCUUCAAGGGUAUCUUUGUCCACCGGUAUAGAGAUGCGAUUGCUGAAAUUAGAGCCAUCUGCAUUGAGGAGAUUGGUGUAUGGAUGAAGAUGUACAGUGAUGCCUUUCUGAAUGACAGCUACCUGAAAUAUGUGGGUUGGACAUUACAUGACCGGCAAGGUGAGGUCCGCCUGAAGUGUCUGAAAGCCCUUCAGAACCUUUACACAAACCGGGAACUCUUUCCAAAGCUGGAGCUCUUCACUAACCGGUUCAAGGACCGUAUCGUGUCAAUGACUCUUGACAAAGAGUAUGACGUGGCUGUGGAGGCCAUCAGACUGGUGACGUUGAUUCUGCAGGGCAGUGAGGACGCUCUCUCGAACGAAGACUGCGAGAAUGUCUACCACCUUGUGUACUCGGCCCACCGACCUGUGGCAGUGGCUGCAGGGGAGUUCCUCCAUCGGAAAUUGUUCAGCCGACAUGACCCCCAGGCAGAGGAGGCCCUGGCCAAGCGCAGGGGCAGGAAUAGCCCAAAUGGGAACCUGGUUCGAAUGCUGGUGCUGUUCUUCUUGGAGAGUGAGCUCCAUGAACAUGCAGCCUACCUGGUAGACAGCCUGUGGGAGAGCUCACAGGAGCUGUUGAAGGACUGGGAGUGCAUGACAGAGCUGCUGCUGGAGGAACCUGUGCAGGGAGAGGAAGUGCUGUCGGACCGCCAGGAAAGCGCUCUGAUUGAGCUGAUGGUGUGCACCAUCCGCCAGGCAGCAGAGGCCCACCCACCUGUUGGCAGAGGAACUGGCAAACGGGUCUUGACUGCCAAAGAAAGGAAGACUCAGAUUGAUGACAAAAAUAAGCUGACAGAGCAUUUCAUCAUGGCACUUCCCAUGUUGCUGUCUAAGUACCAGGCAGAUGCAGAGAAGGUGGCCAACCUCCUUCAGAUCCCCACAUUCUUUGACCUAGAUGUGUACAGCGCUGGCAGGAUGGAGAAGCACCUGGAUGCACUGCUUAAGCAGAUCAAGUUUGUGGUGGAGAAGCACACAGAGACAGAGGUGCUGGAGGCUUGUAGUAAGACAUACAGCAUCCUUUGCAGUGAGGAGUACACCAUCAUGAACCGCGUAGACAUCGCCCGCAGCCAGCUUAUCGAUGAGAUGGUGGAUCGAUUCAACCACUCUGUGGAGGACCUGCUACAGGAGGGUGAAGAGGCAGAUGAUGAUGACAUCUAUAAUGUUCUCUCUACUCUCAAGAGGCUCACAGCCUUCCAUAAUGCACAUGACCUCACCAGGUGGGACCUUUUUGGGAACUGCUACCGUUUGUUGAAAACAGGAAUUGAGCAAGGCACCAUGCCUGAGCAGAUUGUGGUACAGGCCCUGCAGUGCUCCCAUUACUCUAUUCUCUGGCAGCUGGUCAAAAUAACAGAGGGCUCACCCACCAAGGAUGACCUCAUAGCACUGAGAAGGGUUGUGAAGUCCUUCCUUGCAGUCUGUCAGCAGUGUCUGUCAAAUGUGAACACUCCAGUGAAGGAACAGGCCUUCAUGCUUCUCUGUGACCUACUGAUGAUCUUCAGCCACCAGCUCACCACAGGGUCUCGCGAGGCCUUGCAGCCGCUUGUGUUCAACCCUGAUGGCCAGCUCCAGAAUGAGCUGCUCAGCUUUGUCCUGGACCACGUCUUCAUCGACCAGGAUGAGGAAAACCAGAGCAUGGAGGGUGAUGAGGAGGAUGAAGCAAACAAAAUUGAGGCCUUACACAAGAGGAGGAACCUGCUAGCUGCCUUCAGCAAGCUCAUAAUCUACGAUAUUGUGGACAUGCCAGCUGCAGCAGACAUCUUCAAACACUACAUGAAGUACUACAACGAUUAUGGUGACAUCAUCAAGGAGACACUGAGUAAAACCAGGCAGACGGACAAGAUCCAGUGUGCAAAGACCCUCAUCCUCAGCUUGCAGCAGCUAUUUAAUGAGCUCAUCCAAGAUCAAGGACCCAACCUGGACAGGACCUCUUCCCAUGUUAGUGGGAUUAAAGAGUUGGCACGCCGCUUUGCCCUCACCUUUGGUCUGGACCAGAUUAAGACCCGGGAGGCAGUGGCCACGCUGCACAAGGAUGGAAUUGAGUUUGCCUUCAAGUAUCAGAACCCAAAGGGGAUGGAGUUCCCACCUCCAAACCUGGCUUUUCUGGAGGUUCUCAGCGAGUUCUCCUCCAAACUUUUGCGCCAGGAUAAAAAGACUGUCCACUCAUACCUAGAGAAGUUCCUGACGGAGCAAAUGAUGGAACGACGAGAGGAUGUAUGGCUGCCUCUCAUCUCAUACCGCAACUCGCUUCUCACUGGUGGUGACGAAGAUCGCCUGUCUGUCACUAGUGGUGGUGGCAGCAGCAAGGCAGGUUCUGUGCGCAGCAAGAAGGGCCGACCACCGCUGCAUAAGAAGAGGGUUGAUGAGGAGAGUGUGGAGGGUUCAUGGCUAAUGCGCAAUGACACAAUCCAAACACCAGGGGCACUGCAGACCCCACAGCUCACUUCGACUGUGCUGAGAGAGAACCCACGACAAGCAGCUGAACAGAUGCCUGAUCAGGACUCUGAGCCUGGCUCUGAGUCUGACUUCGUUCACAAUCCCCAGAUGCAGAUGUCAUGGCUGGGCCAGCAGAAGCUGGAGGAGGUGAACAGGAAGGAUCGAACAGGCAUGAACUACAUGAAGGCUCGAAGCGGAGGUGUUCGGCAGACAGUCCGCGGUCUCAUGGAGGAUGACGCCGAACCCAUUUUCGAAGACGUGAUGAUGUCGUCCCGCGGUCAGCUUGAAGACAUGAAUGAGGAGUUUGAGGACACCAUGGUCAUUGAUCUUCCUCCAUCCAGAAACAGACGAGAGAGGGCGGAGCUGAGACCAGAUUUCUUUGAUUCUGCAGCCAUGAUUGAGGAUGAGUCGGGAUUCACCAUGCCCAUGUUCUGAAGAACUUAAGAAUGUUUUUGGAAGUUUGGUCUCAAAUGAAAGGCCAUUCGUAACUGUGAUUGCUUGUUCAACAUUUUAAAAAAGUCUGCAGCCAGACACCAGUUGGCUGUUGGUCCAGAGGAACAUGACCCUUGGCUCUCCUCCCAAACACUGACCAUAGCUUGUGCUGCCAAAAGCAAGGGACACUUGUGCCAUCUUUUGAACAGACGCCACACCAUAUGCCCUCAGUAAUUUUUAGCCUAAAAAUAUUUGUAACCAGACAUUAAAAAAACAUCACAAUGAGGACAAAAUUUAAGGUGAAGUGUAAUUGGUGUUUUCCUAAAUGCAAGGCUGAUUAGAAUCUGUAUAGUAGUCACACUGGAUUUGGUUAGGAUUGUGGUCCAUUUGCAGGUGGUGGUGGUGGUGGUGGUAAUGGAACGUUAUCCUUGGAACACAUGGGGGGUGGGGGAUUUAUUAGUGUGAAGUAUGUUAAUUUCAUGUGACCAGUAUGCACUGCAGGGAGGGCAGUUUUAAUUAACUUUCCCUGUGUGGAACGGAAGCCAGCAUGGGGACCUGUUACAGUGGAUUACGUUUUGCGAUUUUUAACUCCCCAGUACAGCCACUGCUUUGAUUAUCCAGGGAAAUAAAAUUCCACCAUCAGAUGUUUUCAAAAUGUACAUUUUGUUGGCUCCUCACCAGCUGUCUUGGUCUCUAACAUAGUUUGGUGUGCUUUUCUUGUCAGUUAUUCUCCCAACCACAUGGAUCAGAGUACAAACAAGUGUAACUUUAAUUUAGCCAUAUAUACUCAGCCCCUACCUUCCCUAAUAAAAUUUAACAUCGUGGUGUUAAGUGGUUGAUGCAUAAAGACAUACCGUUAGUCUGCCACAGCGCAAAUUGCUUUUUGACACAAUGCCGACUUAAGUGUGAUUGGUCCAGAAGUGUGGUGUGGGCUAUCUGUGGAAAAAUGAUAGGCUUAUCCUCCUCCCUAUAAGUCAAACGGGUCUCAUUUCAUUCUACACAACAGAACAUUUGUGUGCAGUUCAAAUGCAGGUUUUAUGGGUGUUUUCCAGACAAUCACUCAUGUAACCUGUUUUUUUAAGGAAUUAAAGUUUAAAUAUUUUCAAUUUUUAGUAGUUUUAGUAUGAAGUUUUAAAUCAAGUGAGAAUUGUCAAACAUUUAUACAGCUCUCUCCAGAAAGAUCUGUUGCCAAGUUGUAGCUGAUGUGCGUGUCCCACCAGCAGCCCAGACAGGAUAGAAUGACGAUUAACAUCGCUUUCUGGUCCUGAGUGGUCCAAGUUCAAGUCGGUGUGCUGUCAUGGUCGUGCGUUAUCAACCCUGAAGUUAUAGUGGACUGCACAAUGACUGUUUCAUAUUUUGGUACUUUCACCCUGGGUUUAUUUUUUUUCCCCCCCUUUCCUCAAUUGCCCCCCCCCCCAUAGCUUUUAUAUUCCCAGUGUCUCUUCUUGAUUGGUUUUGCUAGUAAUCCUGUAAAUUGUACAUUUUCAAUAUUAAACUGUUUCUUUUGUACAACCUGAAGCGGAUGU